AUGGACCCCGUCAACCCUAACCAGAAAUUCCGAACAAGUCCGCAGUGGGCAUUGUACCAGCGUGAAAACUUUUGGAAAUCGAAUGAAGGCGAAGUUCCAGUCUUCAAUACUGAUCCCGGCAAGCUUGAAGAGUUAGCAAAAGAAAAACUUAGCCAAGGAGGCUGGUUCUAUGCCUCCUCCAAUGCUGGUCAAUCGCGCACCCACACCGCUAAUAGACAAGCUUUUUACCGGCACCGGAUCAUUCCGCGCAUGCUUGUUGAUACCAAUCAACGUGACACUACGGCCGAGAUCUUUGGACAUAGAGUUCCUGCACCAAUUGGAUUUGCACCUGUCGGCAUCAAUAAGAUCUAUAACCCGCAAGGCGAGUUACCCGUAGCGAGAUCUGCGGGAGCAUUAGGACUCCCCUACUGCCUUUCAACAGCAGGUUCACAAAGCAUAGAGGACGUCGGUCAUGCUAAUGACCAAGGCGAGAAGAAUGGCCGAGGCGAUGUCGGAACCGCUGCCGGCGGUGGUGAAAAAGGCCUCAGGUUUUUCCAAUUAUAUAUGCCACAUGACGAUGAGCUCACUCGCUCGCUCCUGCAGCGCGCAGUGAAUAGUGGCUUUACGGCAUGUAUCCUCACAGUAGAUACAUGGCAACUCGGCUGGCGACACGACGACGUCGCAAACUCAAACUAUGCUUUCUACCAUGGUGUAGGCGCGGACCUGGGCUUGACUGACCCAGUCUUCAAAAAGAGAUUGGAAGAGAAGGGCAUUGAUCCCACAACCCAACCAAACGAGGCCGGUGCACUAUGGAUUGACAAUGUCUGGCAUGGACGCGCGCACACAUGGGAAAAGGCUGUAUGGGCAAUGAAGCUCUGGAAGGAGCUCAGCGGAGGCAAGCCAUUCUCUUUGAAGGGCAUCCAAAGCGUGGAAGAUGCCAAGAAGGCAGUUGAAUUGGGCUUCGACGGCAUUGUCGUAAGCAACCACGCUGGACGACAGGUUGAUGGUGCAGUUGCAAGCUUGGAUGCUUUGGAAAAGAUUGCCGACGCUGUUGGAGAUAAAACAUACAUCAUGUUUGACUCAGGCGUUCGCUCGGCUUCUGAUGUUGUCAAGGCACUUGCUCUGGGUGCAAAGUUCGUCUUCGUUGGCCGGCUCUGGAUUUGGGGUCUUGCCAUCAUGGGCGAGACGGGUGUCACCCAUGUCAUGAAGAGCCUUUUGGCAGACUUGGAUAUCCUGAUGAAUGUUGGUGGAUUCAAGAAUAUUGGAGAGAUAACAAGAGAUGCGCUGGACAGUGAGCCAAAGGGAUACCAGUUGUUGCCGACGGCGAGUAAGCUGUAG